CCUUCCUUGCAAUAUUCACAAAAAUUAAUAUCUUACACCAACUGCUACUUCCUUUUCCGGUGUAAACCCAACAAACCUGGGCCACCAACAUGAAGUUCAACAAAAUGACGUCCUCUUCACGGAGGAAGAACAGGUUGCGCCAUUUCAACGCACCCUCACAUAUCCGUAGGAAGCUCAUGAGCUCUCCACUGUCUAAGGAGCUUAAACAAAAGUACAACGUCAGAUCUAUUCCCAUCAGGAAAGAUGAUGAAGUACAGGUUGUCCGUGGUCAUUACAAAGGACAGCAAGUUGGAAAAGUUGUCUCCUGCUACCGAAAGAAGUUUGUCAUUUAUAUUGAAAGAAUACAGAGAGAAAAGGCUAAUGGAGCUUCUGUCAAUGUCGGCAUCCAUCCCUCCAAAGUGGUGAUAGUCAAGUUGAAGAUGGAUAAGGACCGCAAGAAGAUUCUGGAGCGCAAAGCCAAGGCCAGACAGUCCGCUGACAAGGGCAAACACACAGAGGAGACCAUCAUGGAAACAUCAUAAAUUAAUAUGUAAUGCCCUAAUAAAGAGAAAAAAAGCAGAA